GCCAUUUCCCAGCUAGUUUGUCAAGCAGCACAAGUGAAGACCAUGCUGCUGUCUCCUCAGGCAGAGAGGAACUGGCAGGAUCUGUGUUCAGUGCUUGAAGAUGUGUUGGAGGACCAGUCCCACAGGCAGUUGUUUGCCUUAGAGCUGGGCUCUGGAACUGGGCAGCAUGUAAUACGCUUUGCCCAGAAGAUGCCCUUUGUCACCUGGCAACCAUCGGACAUCAAAGAGGAGUCUCGGGACAGUAUCAAGGCAUACAUUGCUGCAACCCAUGCAAAGACAAUACUGCAACCUGUCCACCUGGAUGCCAGUGAAACGUGGGAGAAAUGGGCAGGCCUUCCUCGCAACUCGUGUGAUGUUAUUAUUGCUAUUAACUUACUGCAGUACAGCUCCUUCAAAACAGCACAGGGUGUUUUCAAUGGAGCGGGUCAGAUGCUCCGACAAAAUGGUCUUUUGAUAACAUAUGGGGUGUAUGCUAUCAAUGGCACCAUUACACCAAGUUGUAAUGAACAACUGGACGCAGAGCUUCGAAACUUGAAUCCUGAGUGGGGUCUCCCAGACAUGGAUGUACUGAGGCAGCUGGCCUAUGGGAACGGGAUGCGUAUGGAGAGGAUAGUUGAGAUGGAAGAAUACUACAAAUGCCUCAUCUUCAGAAAACUUUAAAAAUGCCAAACUGCGCAACAGAGUUUUAAAAAUGUUCUUAUUUGUACUGUAAAGCCCAAUUUAAAUGAAACACUAAAUUUCCAUAAAAGUUGUCAAACGAUAUACUGUAUGUCUUUCUUUUCAAAUUCUAAUGAAGGAAAAAAAGAAAAACAAAGGCAAGUGGACAAUAAGAACCAGAUAUUUAUUAAAUAUAAUUUUAAAAUUACUUUUAAGUCAGACAGAUCAGUAUGAUGGAAUAAAGAAGUUCACACAUGGCAACUGAAAGGUUACAGAAAUCACUUGGGUGUGUGAUACAUACAUGCGGGACAUCAUGUUCACCCUGCAAGCAUUUCCACAUCUCUGGAGAGCCAAGUACACUUGAGAAAAGAUUGCCCACCUUACUUGUACUUAUUAUGUAGCUAUCCUCAUCUGUGACAGUUACAACCAAGUCAUUUUAAUAAAAAAAAAAAAAAGGGGAAGGGAAAAAAAGGGAUGCAGGAUACUUUUAGAGUAACUGGACUGUUUUAGUACGCAUAUCUUAUGGUCUGUAGUUGUGUGAUUCAAUGAUUUCAUCUAUGCAAGUAUGUUUAGUGAUGAUUAAACAACCAAUCUGCAAAUUUUCUAGUUAUCCUCCCACAAUGUAUAACAAUGUAAUGUAACUCCUGCCACAUGUUUUAUCCUCUCAGAAACUACAUUAAUGAAAGUUCAAGCAGUGCACAACAAAUAAAAUGCCAAAACAAGACUGUUGACCCUAGUUGUGUGUGCAUCUGUUUACAUUAGAACGGAUGGAACCGAAAACUACAACUGGAAUGUCAAGAUGUGAACCUGAUGGAGAUGUGAGUUAGUGCCAUUUAUUUCAGGCCGUUGACUGUGCCCUCAUUCUUUAUCCACACACCCAUAACCUCUCAUAACAGCACAUACAGAUGUCCCUCAAUCACUCCCCAAACUGUUACGAUAGGGUGUAAUAAUUAACUUCCAUUCCAGAAAAGAAUUCAAAUUUUAACAUGCAUUUGCUUUAGAAAAAUAUGAGGCAAAGGAUGGUUAUGUCUGUUUUUUCUCCUCAAUUAUUAUCAUAUUUUCUUAUUCAUUUUAACUUUAUUACCACUGACUAUUUCUGAGCUUCAGUUAUUCAUUUAAUAAGGAAAUACUACAUACUUAUCAGCUGGAAAGAGGGAGAAAGAGGGUGUAGGGGUCUGGGUUAUGGUGCCCUCCCUUGCAGCUUCACCUCACUUUCCCAUACUUCAGUGGGGGAGAGGCAAGGAGAGCAACAGCUCUGCAACAUUAUCACAAUAUUUCACGUUGCCACAACAUCACAGCUAGGUGGAAGGUAGGAGGUGUGUGUGUGUGUGUGUGUGUGUGUGUGUGUGUGUGUGUGUGUGUGUGUGU